GGCACGUCCAGAGGGGGGCCUCCAGAGUGUGGAGUUCCGGAGUUUGGAGCGUGCAGGAUCUUAGGGAUUGAACCCUUGCCCACUGCAGUGGAAGCGUGGAGUCUUAACCACUGGACCUCCAGCUGUCCAGUUUUCCCAGCACCACUUAUUGAAGAGACUGUCGGGACUUCCCUGGUGGUCCAGUGGUUAAGACUCCAUGCUCCCAAUGCAGGGGGCCCAGGAACUAGAUCCCACAUGCUGAAACUAAGAGUUCACAUGCUGUAACUAAAGAUCCCGCAUGCCACAACAUCCUUAUCUGGCUUUGGCAUCAUGGUCAUGCUAGCUUGUGAAAUGAACUUAAGAGUGUUCUGUCCUCUUCAAUUUUUUGGAAGAGUUUGAGAAAGGUGUGAACACUGAGGCCCAGAGAGGUGAUGUGAUUUGCCCAAAGUCAUGCAACUAGUGGCAGAGCCAGGCCUAGAAGCCAGGUGUCCUGGCUCCCAAGACAUUCCGCUGCCCGAGGAAUGGAACAGUUAUGUCAAUUUUUGCUGUUUUGAAGCCCUCCUAGCAGCUGCAUAAACUUAGGAUUGUCGUGCCCUCCUGAUGAAGUGACCCAUUAUCAUUACAAAAGAAUCAUCCUUUUCCCUGCGGCGGCGGCGGCGGCGGUGGCGGCGGCGGCGGCGGCCUCGGGUCGGUGUAGAAAAUGGCGCUGGUGCAGCGGCUCGGGCUUCUCCCCGCGGCGCUACGGAGGGCUUGAGGCUCGCGAGCCUCACUCGCCGCGCCCCACUUGCUCGUGCACUUUACACACAUGAGAGAAUUGGAAGCUAAAGCUACCAAAGACGCAGAAAGAAAUCUUAGCAGGGAUUUAGUGCAAGAAGAAGAACAGUUGAUGGAAGAAAAGAAAAAGAAAAAAGACGACAAGAAAAAGAAGGAAGCUGCUCAAAAGAAGGCCACUGAACAAAAAAUCAAAGUGCCAGAACAGAUAAAGCCCAGUGUAAGCCAGCCUCAGCCUGCCAACUCUAAUAACGGCACUUCCACAGCAACCAGCACUAAUAAUAAUGCCAAGCGAGCCACAGCCAACAAUCAGCAGCCGCCGCCGCAGCCGCCGCCACAGCCACAGCAGCCGCCGCAGCCGCAGCCACCACAGGCCUUGCCUCGGUAUCCGCGCGAAGUUCCACCUCGAUUUCGCCACCAGGAACAUAAGCAGCUUCUAAAGAGGGGUCAGCAUUUUCCUGUCAUAGCAGCAAACCUGGGAUCUGCUGUUAAAGUGUUAAGCAGCCAGUCAGAGAGCAGUGCUUUAACAAAUCAACAGCCACAAAAUAACGGAGAGGUGCAGAUCAGCAAAACCCAGUCAGAUAUAAACCACAAUACUUCAGGAUCCCAUUAUGAAAAUUCGCAGCGGGGACCUGUGUCUUCUACAAGUGACUCUAGCACAAACUGUAAGAAUGCUGUUGUAAACGACUCGCCUGAAAAAGAAGCAUGGCCCUCAGUCCCUGGCAGUGAUCUAGAGUUGGCUUCAGAAUGUGUGGAUGCUGAUUCUGCCUCCAGUUCUGAAUCAGAGAGAAACAUCACUAUCAUGGCUUCAGGGAGCACAGGUGGUGAAAACGAUGGCCUUCGGAAUAGCACUGGACUUGGAUCCCAAAACAAGUUUGUGGUUGGUAGCAGCAGCAAUAAUGUGGGCCAUGGAAGUAGUACUGGGCCAUGGGGUUUUUCCCAUGGAGCCAUAAUAAGCACAUGUCAGGUCUCUGUGGAUGCUCCUGAAAGCAAAUCAGAAAGUAGCAACAAUAGAAUGAAUGCUUGGGGCACUGUAAGUUCUUCAUCAAAUGGAGGGUUAAAUCCAAGCACUUUGAAUUCAGCUAGCAACCAUGGUGCCUGGCCAGUGUUAGAGAACAACGGACUUGCCCUAAAAGGGCCUGUAGGGAGUGGUAGUUCUGGCGUCAAUAUUCAGUGCAGUACCUUAGGCCAGAUGCCUAACAAUCAGAGUAUUAACUCUAAAGUGGGUGGUUCUUCUACCCAUGGUACCUGGGGAAGCCUUCAGGAAACUUGUGAAUCUGAAGUAAGUGGUACACAGAAGGUUUCAUUCAGUGGUCAACCUCAAAAUAUUACCACUGAAAUGACUGGACCAAAUAACACUACUAACUUUGUGACCUCUAGUUUACCAAACUCCGGUUCAGUACAGAAUAAUGAGCUGCCUAGUAAUACAGGGGCCUGGCGUGUGAGCACAAUGAAUCAUCCUCAGAUACAGGCUCCGUCGGUUGUAAAUGGCACUUCCCUUUCUCACCUUAGCAAUGGAGAGUCAAAAAGUGGAGGCUCUUAUGGUACUACAUGGGGUGCCUAUGGUUCUAAUUACUCUGGAGACAAAUGUUCAAGCCCUAAUGGCCAAGCUAAUGGUGACACUGUGAAUGCAACUCUAAUGCAGCCUGGCAUAAAUGGGCCUAUGGGCACUAACUUUCAAGUUAACACAAAUAAAGGAGGAGGUGUGUGGGAGUCUGGGGCAGUGAAUUCCCAGAGUGCAUCAUGGGGAAAUGGUGCAAAUUCUGGAGGAAGUCGAAGAGGAUGGGGAACUCCUGCACAAAACACUGGCACUAAUAUACCCAGCGUGGAAUGGAGCAAACUGCCUAGCAAUCAGCAUUCCAGUGACAGUGCAAAUGGCAAUGGUAAGAAGUUUACAAACGGAUGGAAAUCUACUGAGGAAGAGGAUCAGGGUUCUGCCACAUCUCAGACAAAUGAGCAAAACAGUGUGUGGGCCAAAACGGGAGGUACAGUGGAGAGUGAAGGUAGUACAGAAAGCACUGGACGCCUUGAGGAAAAAGUAACUGGGGAAAAUCAGAGUAGAGAUAGAAGAAAAAUCGAUCAGCACUCAUUACUCCAAAGCAUUGUAAACAGAACUGACUUAGAUCCACGUGUCCUAUCCAACUCUGGUUGGGGACAGACUCCUAUUAAGCAGAAUACUGCCUGGGAUACCGAAACAUCACCUAGAGGGGAAAGAAAGACUGACAAUGGGACAGAGGCCUGGGGAAGCUCUGCAACACAGACUUUUAACUCAGGGGCAUGUACAGAUAAGACUAGCCCUAGUAGUAAUGAUACCUCAUCUGUAUCGGGGUGGGGAGAUCCCAAACCUACUCUGAGGUGGGGAGAUUCCAAAGGCUCAAACUGCCAGGGGGGAUGGGAAGAUGAUUCUGCUGCUACAGGAAUGGCCAAGAGCAAUCAGUGGGGGAAUUGCAAAGAAGAGAAGUCUGCAUGGAAUGAUUCGCAAAAGAACAAACAGGGAUGGGGUGAUGGACAAAAAUCAAACCAAGGUUGGUCCGUUUCUGCCAGUGAUAACUGGGGAGAAACUUCAAGGAGUAACCAUUGGGGUGAGGCUAAUAAGAAAUCUAGCUCAGGAGGUAGUGACAGUGAUAGGUCCGUUUCUGGUUGGAACGAACUUGGUAAAACUAGUUCUUUUACUUGGGGAAAUAACAUAAAUCCAAAUAAUUCAUCAGGAUGGGAUGAAUCUUCUAAACCGAAUCCUUCCCAGGGAUGGGGAGAUCCUCCAAAGUCUAAUCAGUCUCUAGGUUGGGGAGAUUCGUCAAAGCCAGUCAGUUCUCCAGACUGGAACAAGCAACAAGAUGUCGGAUCUUGGGGAAUCCCAUCAGCUACAGGCAAACCUCCUGGUACAGGCUGGCUGGGAGGACCUAUACCAGCCCCAACAAAAGAAGAAGAGCCCACAGGCUGGGAGGAACCAUCCCCAGAAUCCAUACGUCGCAAAAUGGAGAUCGAUGAUGGAACUUCAGCUUGGGGAGAUCCAAGCAAAUACAACUACAAAAAUGUGAACAUGUGGAACAAAAAUGUCCCAAACGGCAGCAGCCGUUCAGACCAGCAAGCACAGGUACAUCAGCUGCUGCCGUCUGCAAGUGCCAUCUCAAACAAGGAGGCGAGCAGUGGCUCUGGCUGGGGUGAGCCCUGGGGUGAGACUUCUACUCCAGCCACAACUGUGGAUAAUGGUACUUCAGCAUGGGGUAAACCUAUAGACAGUGGUCCCAGCUGGGGCGAACCCAUUGCUGCGGCAUCCAGCACAUCCACGUGGGGCUCCAGCUCUGUUGGUCCACAAGCAUUAAGCAAAUCUGGGCCAAAAUCUAUGCAAGAUGGCUGGUGUGGUGAUGAUAUGCCAUUGCCUGGAAAUCGCCCCACUGGCUGGGAAGAGGAAGAGGAUGUAGAGAUUGGAAUGUGGAAUAGUAAUUCAUCUCAAGAGCUUAAUUCAUCUUUAAAUUGGCCACCAUAUACAAAGAAAAUGUCGUCGAAGGGUCUGAGUGGCAAAAAAAGGAGAAGGGAAAGGGGAAUGAUGAAAGGUGGAAACAAACAAGAAGAAGCAUGGAUAAAUCCAUUUGUUAAACAGUUUUCAAAUAUCAGUUUUUCGAGAGACUCACCAGAAGAAAAUGUACAGAGCAAUAAGAUGGACCUUUCUGGAGGAAUGUUACAAGACAAACGAAUGGAGAUAGAUAAACAUAGCCUAAAUAUUGGUGAUUACAAUCGAACGGUCGGGAAAGGCCCUGGUUCUCGGCCUCAGAUUUCCAAAGAGUCUUCCAUGGAGCGCAGUCCUUAUUUUGAUAAGAAUGGCAAUCCCAGUAUGUUUGGUGUUGGAAACACAGCAGCACAACCCCGGGGCCUGCAGCAGCCUCCAGCACAACCUCUCAGUUCAUCUCAGCCUAAUCUCCGUGCUCAAGUGCCUCCUCCAUUACUCUCCCCUCAGGUUCCAGUUUCAUUGCUGAAGUAUGCACCAAACAACAGUGGCCUGAAUCCACUCUUUGGCCCUCAGCAGGUAGCCAUGCUGAACCAGCUAUCCCAACUAAACCAGCUUUCUCAGAUCUCCCAGUUACAGCGAUUGUUAGCGCAGCAGCAAAGGGCGCAGAGUCAGAGAAGCGUGCCUUCUGGGAACCGGCAGCAGCAAGACCAGCAGGGUCGACCUCUUAGUGUGCAGCAGCAGAUGAUGCAGCCGUCUCGUCAACUUGAUCCAAACCUGCUGGUGAAGCAACAGACUCCGCCAUCUCAGCAGCAGUCACUCCAUCAGCCAGCCAUGAAAUCUUUCCUUGAAAAUGUCAUGCCCCACACUACACCUGAGCUGCAAAAAGGGCCAUCACCAAUAAAUGCUUUCAGCAACUUCCCCAUAGGCUUGAACUCAAACUUGAAUGUAAAUAUGGAUAUGAACAGUAUUAAAGAGCCACAGUCAAGACUAAGGAAGUGGACUACAGUGGACAGCAUUUCUGUGAACACAUCUUUGGAUCAAAACUCCAGCAAACAUGGUGCUAUUUCAAGUGGUUUCAGGCUGGAAGAGUCUCCAUUUGUUCCCUAUGACUUUAUGAAUAGCAGUACUUCACCAGCCAGUCCUCCGGGUUCAGUAGGAGAUGGCUGGCCACGUGCCAAAUCGCCUAACGGCUCUAGCAGUGUUAAUUGGCCACCAGAAUUUCGCCCUGGUGAACCAUGGAAAGGUUAUCCAAACAUUGACCCUGAAACUGACCCUUAUGUCACUCCUGGCAGUGUCAUAAACAAUCUUUCAAUUAAUACUGUGCGGGAAGUCGACCACCUCAGGGACAGGAACAGUGGGUCAUCCUCAUCCUUGAACACCACGCUGCCUUCAACUAGUGCCUGGUCAUCCAUUCGUGCCUCCAACUACAACGUUCCCCUCAGCAGUACAGCACAAAGCACUUCAGCCAGAAAUAGUGAUUCCAAAUUGACAUGGUCUCCUGGUUCAGUUACAAACACCUCUCUGGCUCAUGAGCUGUGGAAGGUCCCUUUGCCACCUAAAAACAUCACUGCUCCGUCCCGCCCACCUCCGGGACUGACUGGUCAGAAGCCACCCUUGUCUACGUGGGAUAAUUCUCCCCUUCGUGUAGGUGGAGGAUGGGGAAAUUCUGACGCCAGGUAUACCCCAGGUUCCAGCUGGGGUGAGAGCAGCUCAGGGAGAAUAACAAAUUGGCUUGUUCUGAAAAACCUUACACCUCAGAUUGACGGCUCAACUCUGCGCACUCUGUGCAUGCAGCAUGGCCCACUGAUCACAUUCCACCUGAACCUCCCGCAUGGAAAUGCUUUGGUCCGUUACAGUUCAAAAGAAGAGGUAGUGAAGGCACAAAAGUCUCUGCACAUGUGUGUACUGGGGAACACUACUAUUCUUGCUGAGCUUGCCAGUGAAGAGGAGAUCAGUCGUUUCUUUGCACAAAGUCAGUCUCUGACCCCUUCUCCCAGCUGGCAGUCCCUCGGGUCCAGCCAGAGCCGGCUGGGCUCCCUCGACUGUUCCCACUCCUUCUCCAGCCGGGCCGAUCUCAAUCACUGGAAUGGUGCUGGGCUGUCGGGAGCCAACUGUGGAGAGCUUCACGGCACUUCCCUCUGGGGGACCCCACAUUAUUCCACAAGCUUGUGGGGUCCCCCAAGCAGCAGCGACCCCCGGGGAAUUAGCAGCCCGUCCCCCAUUAACGCUUUUCUUUCUGUUGACCACCUGGGUGGGGGUGGAGAGUCCAUGUAACAGUGUAGACUCGACUCAGAACUGCGACCUCAAGACGCGAAAGAAAGGAGCACUAAGUUGGGCUCGCCGCCUGCAGCCAGGGCCACCUGUGGGAACAGCUAUUCUCUGCACAUUUUCCACUUUGUUUUCCCUGAAACAUAUCAGUUUGAAUACUUGAAUCAUGCAGGCCAAUAUUAUAAUGUGAAAAGGUAUCUAUCUAUUUACACUCCCAAAUAGCGCCAUACAUGCUACACCGUAUAGAAUGAGCUCACUUGUGUAUAUUCAUCAUGUUUAGCCUUUGGGUUCUUUUUUUUAAUUUUCCCCUUUCUCCCCCUCCCCCCCCAUUCAUUCUUUUUCUCUUCUUUCUUUCUUUUUGCAAAACCAUUUUUUUGGGCUGAUAAUGUAUGAGCUUUUAACUUUGCACUGAAUGAUGUUCUCUCCGUCUAAUCGGCAAUAUGGGGGGGCAGCUGUUCCAGUGUAAAUGUUUACUCAAGGAUGUUCUUAAAAGGUGUGCGCUCUCUACUAUGCCUUGAUGUUUGCCUACCUUAUUGUGGUAUCGUGGAGUUUAAAAGAUCAAGUUAUGAUACUGACUUAGGACUAUAAAUGAAAGUAUUGCACCAGUUUUUUCAUGUUAUAAAACUAAAGAAUUCGCUCUGCAGUUUGAAAAACUGUGGCCACAGCUGUGACUUGCAGCCCACCUGCCACCCAGGACGGGCCCUGCACUUUGAAUAGGCUUUCCAUUUUGUUUUGAAGGUUCCCACGUUGAACCUUCUUGUUUACAGAUUUUUUUGUUUGUUUUUUGAGAAAAAAAUGUUUACUCUUCCAUCAUUUAAAAAAAAAAUUAAAAGACAAAAAAAAAAUGGAGGAUGAUUUAAAAGAUGCUUUCUAUCUCUGGGAAAAAGGAGCAGCAUUUGGCCAUGUUCUUUUGUUUUUCUAUUCCUGUCCUAAAUCAAAGAGCAUGGUUCUCAGGAAAACCAGUUCCCCAGUUUAAAAAAAAACAAAAAAAACAAAAAAAAAACCUCCUUGUAGUUUCUUAU